AUGGCGGCGACAAAAUACUCGCAUCCGUUCCUUAACGGGCUGAAGUCAAUACCAGAGGGUCGUGACGAUGAAAUACAAGAAAUUCGGGAGUGGAUGAAGAGCCAACCCCAUCUGCCGUACAUCUCAGACGAAUACAUCAUACUGUUUCUUCAUUCCAACUACUUCAAAGUGAAAGAGACGAAGGACACUAUUGAGUGCUACUUCACUCUGCGCAAUAACUCUCCUGACCUCUUCAGCAAUCGUGAUCCGUUGUCCCCUCGGAACAAGACUGUUUUAGAUAUUGCGCAUAUGGUAGCUCUACCGAGACAGACAGAAGAAGGCUAUCACAUUCUAUUAUACCGCCUCUCCGACUUCGACUACAGUAAGCUGAACUUUGCGGACGCAGUUCGCGUGUUCUGCAUGUUCAACGAUAUUAAGCUGUCAGAAGAUCGACUCUCGGAAGGGUACAUUGUAAUCUUCGAUAUGAAAGGUUGCAGUCUCGGCCAUAUAACGAGGGUCACGUUGCCCGCUUUAAGGGCUUUCAUGCAGUAUAUUCAGAAUGGGCACCCAUGUCGUCUCAAGAAGAUCCACGUGGUGCAUACAGUUUCGUUUAUAAACCAGGUGAUGGGCCUUGUCAAACCUCUUAUUCACUCUAAUCUUCUCAACCUUCUAAACUUCUCUUCCGACGGACCCGCUUCCGUUGUCGACAAAGAACUUUUGCCCGAGGACUAUGGCGGCCCUGAACCACCAGUGAAAAAAUUACACGAAGAACAACGCAGGAAUAUGGAGGAGAACUACAGGGAAUGGUUGAUAGAGUCCGAGAUCUUCAAAGUAGAUGAGAAGAAUAGAAUUAAAAAACCUAGUAAAGGUAUGUUCGCCAGUUUUACCAGCAGUUUCAAGAGCCUCGAUAUUGACUAA